AGACUUUAUUGUUUAUGUAGGUCCCUAGUUAGUUAGUUACCUAACAAGUACUUUACAGUUUAUUUAUCAUUUCCGUGACUCGUGAAUUUGAUUGAAUUAUUUUUUGUAACAUACUUAAUAACUUACAGUAAUGUUAACUUGUUUGAAAUUGUCACGACAAGUAAAGUUGUCACAAAAUAUUUGCACUACUUCAAAUAUUUUAAAUUUAAAUUAUUCAACCUCUAACCCAACAGAGGAAUCUAAUAAAGUUGGAGGAUUUGCCAAAGCUUUCGAAAAGCAAAGUCAAAUUGUUGAUCAAGAUAAGUUUAUCCCUUCAGCUACCUUUGCAUCACUUCUCCGCAAUUCGAAACUAGUGGAUCUUGGUGAUCCCGUAGGUAAAAUUGUUAUAGGGAAAGUUUUUCACACAGUGGAAGAUGAUUUGUAUAUAGAUUUUGGUUGGAAGUUUCAUUGUGUCUGCACUAGGCCGACAACUCGUAAGGAUGAGUAUGUGAGGGGUGCAAGAGUUAGGAUUCAAAUUAAAGACCUUGAGCUGUCGUCAAGAUUUUUAGGUUCAAGUACAGAUCUCACACUCUUGGAAGCAGAUUGUAAAUUGCUUGGUAUUGUAUCAAGUCCUGUAAGACCUUCUAAUGAGAAAGAUGUUGUUAGCUAAGUGAUGCUUUCAUUUGUAGAAUAUAGUGUAAAUAAUUUAUAGUAAUAAAGCAAUUAAUAAAUAAA